AUGGCGUCGGGACUCCAUGCUGCACUGGCGUUGUGUGUAUUGUGUUAUUCAGUCCGAUGGAAUGAGACGACGGAAUUUGUGACCUUCAAUGCAGGUCUGACCGAGACUGAUGUCCCAGAGUAUGCAACUCGUCGCGAGGCGUUCCUUUUGAAACUGUCCAACAACGAGAUCCCAGGCGAUGUCGUCUGCUUGCAAGAGAUAUGGAAACCAGACGACGUGGCAGCCGUCGUCCAAGCAGCCAAACCAAAUUUCCCUCAUUCCUUCAGUGCAAUGCACGCGGCUGAUGGCAAAUUUGCUCCAAAACCUACGUCACCUGCUUGUAAAGCUGCGAAGAUCUACCCGAUGCUCCACUGUAUUACGACCCAGUGCCUUAGCGACAGUGGUGCUGAAAUGGACGAGUGCAUCUCCAAGAAUUGCAAGUCCGUGAUAAACGAGGUACCUCAGGAUUGUCUUAGCUGCAUCGCCGACAAGCAGUCAACGAGAGCAGCAACCGACCUAGCAGCCAUAGUGGAGCGCUUACAGCAGUGCUUGACAACCUCGUGGCACACGACAUUCGGUCUCCUGGUUCUCAGCAAGAGGCCACUGUUUGACCCGGAAGUAAUAAAUUUCCACUAUGGGACUUUUGUUUUAGUUGCGAGGGGAUACAUUCGGGCGAAGAGAGUAUCAAGAGUAUUGGACUCGCCUCUCCCUGAUCGGGACUAUCCUCUCUCCGACCACUAUGGUGUUUCUGUGAUUAUCCAGCGAUGUGCCUGCUUCUUGUGGUGGUGGCCAUGGAGUAGAUGCUGA